GGAAACACUCCACAGCUUCUUUGUUUACCCGCGCCCUUUCGACAGCUGUUUUCAGAACGAAGCGGUCAUUCUCCGCUUGACUCCUUAUAGCAUUAAGCAGUUAGAGUUGAAGGCCAAAGUUCAAGUGGGGCAGCGAUUGAUUGCAAAGCUUACUUGACAUUGCGCUUUGCAUCCUCGCUGUGUCGCGGUACUAGCGCAGGCUUGUUGGCGCGUAACCUCGUGCCUGCAGCUCAUAUGAGCGGCGAUAGGCAUGGCUUAGGGGCUCGCUGGCGCUCGUGACUGUCCCGAGUUGCACACCCUGGCCCAGCACCAGCGGCACCGCCACGGCCCCGGGACCCCGCCAGGCGUAGGCGGCGCAGGCUCUUCAGGCUCUCGCCAGCAUCAUGCAGAGGGAGUCUCAGAUACGGGAGUUGCCGCACCGUAUGGGGUGUCAAGCGGGGCGCGUGUGCCGCUCGGCAACUCCUCGUCCCCAAAGCCCCGCACAGGGGCUCUGAGCAAUGCACCGCCCCCGCCGCCGUCGCCGCAUGCCUACCGCCCCAGCUCCUCCUCCUCGGCCCAGAGGAUACCAGUCAGGCCCGGGUCCCAGCCGCAGCCAUACUGUGCCAUCAGCGCGCAGGCGCAGCGGCCGCGGCCUGCCAGCGUGGCUGCCUCCCCCAAACGGCCCCAUGCGCAGCAGCACGCGCACGAAGUGGAUCCCCGGCGACUGGCCAGUGCAGCUGCAGCGGCGCAGCAUGAGUCUACAAGGGACCGGGCAUCUCCAGGGGCAGUCCGGCGGCCCACGUCGGGGGCGGCUUCGGCUGGGGCGCGGGCGGCGCGGAUCAGGUAGCGAGCCGCACGUGGGCAGUGCCGGCGGGCACAGCGGCGGUACGCGGCCCGGAGGCGCCACCAGCGGUGUCAAUGGGAGUAGCGGUCGGACGAAAGCGCCAGCGGGCGCAAGCGCGCCGGCCGGCAUCAAAGCCCCGACCGGCGAAUCCGGCAGCAGAGUUCCCUCGUCAGGCCGAGGAGGCGAGGCUUCGGGGCUACCGCUUGAGCAGCAGGUGGUGCAAUACGCCCGUUCGGCGGCCUCCGCUGCCGCUGCCGCGGACCCCAUGCGGACUGCCAUGGCCCUUCACCUGCUUAACGGCUGCCUGAUGCAGGCGCCAGGGUUUGAGGCGGGCGGCGAGCUGGCAGCGGCUGCGGCGGCCGCCGCGCCCGGGCUGCUGGGCUGCCUGGUGGAGCAGGUGGCCGAGGGCGCGCCCUUCAGCAUCGUGGCGCUCAACACGCUGAGCUACCUAGUGCUGUCGCCACAGGUGUUGCCCGGCGUGCUGGCCUGCGGGUUGCUGCCGGUGCUGGUGGGUCAGCUGCGGGCCGCCGCCUCCGCCCCCCUGGAGCAGCAGCUGCUGGUGGCGGGGCUGGGGCUGCUGGGCACCAUGGCGCGGGUGGACGGCGGCGCGCGGGCGCGACUGGCGGCCACACGCGGGCUGGCGGGAGCGCUGGCGGCGGCGUUGGGCGGCGGCGGUGUGGCAGUGAAGUGGCCGGCGCUGCAGCUUCUGCAGGAGCUCAUAGUUGUGAAAGCGGGGCUGCAGCAAGUGCUCUCGUCGGCCCCACUUCGCACUGCGCUAGACAGGCUGUGCGACCAGCCUGUGCCUGCGGUGCCUGCGGUGCCUGCUCCAUCAACUUCUUUGGACAGCACCGAGGAGCAGCAGGGCGGGGACAGCGGUGCCGGGGAGAGCAGCUCAGGAGCUGAGGGGCAUGCCGCGUCAGGGACAGCGGGCGCAGGGCUGGCGGCAGCUGCAGGGGGGGCAGCGCGUGAGGGCAUUGAGCAGGCUCUGGAUCCGCAGCCGGAUGCGCUGGCUCGUGAGGCACGCUCGGUGCGGAGGACGUUGGCGGCGUUGGCGAAGGUGAUGGGCAUGACGUAGCUGGACGUUCGCGCCGGAGCCCGUUCUUAGGACAUACUGACGGUCCAGGUCAUGAAGGUCAAGUGUAGCGGCAUGUUAGCUGGCCUCAAGAGACAUGAAACUGUCGUUGUCGUCAUAGGCUCCGUCAAGGCACCAGACAUGCAACACGUGCGCGCCGAUAUUUUGUGAACCGUUUCGCUGGGGAGCUCGUCUGUUUCAGGUCCCCUGUGUCUCUUAGAGUAGUGUGCUUGCAGGGCCAGGACGCAACUACCUCGAAGUUCAUUACGGUUUCGUAGAGCUUUCCCGAGCGGCGAUCUUUUGGACUGUAUGGCCUCGUCAGUUUUACUUUCUAGUUUAGGUUGCAACAUAUCUUUCAUCACAAUUAAACACGUCCAUACAAUGAAACAUACGGCGCCAAGCCGCUAAGUUGUUCACUUUUUACAAACUUGCCAUCG